AUGGUUGAUGACAUUAAACCCAAACAACCUGAAACUAAUGUAUUGGUUAAAUUUGCUGAUGACAUGACAGUUUGUGCACCAGUAAAGUCAAAUAGUGAUUCUGCAACAAUGGAAGUGAGGAACAUCGAGAACUGGGCAAGGAGAAACAGAAUGACUCUAAAUCUAACAAAAACAUGGGAGAUGCUUCUGAGUGGCGGAACGUCUAAGCCGCCACCAGCGCCUAUAGAAGGUAUUGAACGCAAGGAAUGGCUAAAACUGCCAGGUGUUACUUUCGAGGACGAUGUGUGCUGCUGGGACCUGCAUGUUAAAGGCUUGUUGUCGAAGGCCGGAAGCCGAAUGUAUAUUUUAAGAGUAUGUAGAAAGUAUGGAUAUCGGAAGGAACAUCUCAGCUAUCUUUUUGACUCAAUAAUACUAUCGUUGUUUUUAUACGAUAUUGAAAUUUGGGGCUCAGCUCUUCAAAAGAAAUAUUUAGAACGCAUUGACAAGUUUUUUAAGCGAGCGUAUCGAUAUGGUUAUGUACUGAAAGAGUAUAAAAUGUCUGAGCUGAUUGAAACGAGAGACAGAAUUCUAUUCAAUAGGAUUUUAGAUAAUCCAGAACAUAUUUUAUAUGAACUACUGCCUGAAAAAAAGACAAAAAAAUUUAAGAGAACGUGA